AGCUACUAAUUAUCUUUUAAUUAAAGCUUUGCAUCAAUGGCGACAAAGGAAGAUAGCUCCUCUUCGCCCUCACCCAAAGCUUCUCCUAGCUUUGCUGGUCUCACACAGAUUACUGUUCUAAGCAUAGAUGGAGGAGGUGUGAGAGGAAUUAUUCCAGGAACCAUUCUUGCUUUUCUUGAAUCCAAGCUGCAGGAGCUUGAUGGAGAGAAUGUAAGGAUUGCAGACUACUUUGAUGUGAUUGCAGGAACAAGCACUGGAGGCUUGGUCACCACAAUGCUAACUGCUCCAAACAAAUCUAAUCGUCCCCUCUAUUCAGCCAAAGAUAUCAACGACUUCUAUCUAAAGAACUCACCAAAGAUCUUUCCUCAGAAAAUGGCAGGAUUAUUUGGCACGACAAGUAAUUUAGUUAGUGAAUUUGCUGGGCCUAAAUACGAUGGGAAAUACCUCCAUUCUCUAAUUAAAGGCAUUCUUGGAGAUACAAAGCUUCAUCAAACUCUAACCAAUGUUGUCAUCCCAACUUUCGAUAUCAAGCUCCUUCAACCCACUAUCUUCUCCUCAUUCGAGGUAGAAGCCACACCUUUAAAGGAUGCUAAUUUAUCAGAUAUCUGCAUUGGCACUUCAGCUGCACCAACUUACUUACCUGCUCACUACUUUGAAACUAAAGACUCAAAAGGCAAAACUCGAAGCUUCAAUCUUGCUGAUGGAGGACUUGCAGCAAAUAAUCCUACUUUGCUUGCAAUAAAUAUGGUGAGUAAGAGCAUAUUCAAGCAACUGCAAGAAGAUUUCCCAGUAAAACCAGCUGAAUAUAGCAAGUUUCUUGUGCUAUCUCUUGGUACUGGAGCAGCCAAACUGGAAGAGAAGUACGACGCAAAAAGUGCAGCAAAGUGGGGUGUUCUUCCAUGGCUAUAUCUCAAUGGCCAUACACCCAUUAUUGAUAUGUACUCUCAAGCAAGUGCAGAUAUGGCUGACAUACUAACAUCCAUACUCUUCCAAACUUUGCAUUCUGAGCAAAAUUAUCUUCGCCUUCAGGACGAUACACUGAGUGGAAACUCAGCAUCUGUGGAUAUAUCGACUAAGGAGAACCUGGAGGGGUUGGUUAAGAUAGGAAAUAAUCUGUUGAAGAAGCCAGUUUCAAGGGUCAAUAUAGAGACCGGAAGAUAUGAGCCUGUUGAAGGCGAAGGAACAAAUGAGGAAGCUCUUAUCCGAUUUGCGAAGUUGCUUUCAGAUGAAAGGAAGAGGAGGACUAAUGGCGCAAAGUAGGAUGAUUUUUUCUUGAUGUUUUGAAUAAGUGAGAAGAUCUGAGGUGACAGAUAUGUGGUGAAUAAAUGUCAUUUUCCUCUAAUGAAUGAGUAGUUAAAGUAAUGAUA